AUGUCCCUGCUUCCGACGGUUCAAAUAAACGUCAACUAUGAGAAGCAGAAGGAGACCAUCCGCUCGUUUUUGACAGAGUACCGCGUGGAAUCAGAGGAUGCGGAUGCCAUGGCUGUGGACGACCAGCCCCUCAAGUACGGAGAGCUGCUUCAACAGGUCGCCAACCGCCAACAGGAUACCGUCGUGGUAGAAUUGGACGACCUUUACCGGUUCGAGCGCCGCCAGAAAGGAGCUGAAAGCAAAAUGCUCGUGGAUUAUAUCACGGAAAACACAAUGCACUAUCUUGACAUGAUCGCGACCAUUAUCGAUGAUCUGUUGCCUGAGCCCACGACGGACAUUUCGUACCGUGAUGAGGUGCUGGACGUGCUGCUGUAUCAAAGAAGACAGCGGAACGAACGUAUUCGAGAGGAGAUUCAAAACGAAGGUUUACUGAACGCCCAGGGCACUGACCUCGAAGCUGAGAUGUUCCCUCCUGAACUCACCCGCCGCUACUCGCUCUAUUGUAAGCCUCUGUCUCCGGGUCUUCGUGGCCCCAAAGAUCUUUUGAAGCCAAUGGCAGUACGUGAAGUUCGUGGCGCCCAUUUGGGCCAUCUCAUUACCGUACGGGGCAUCGUGACCCGUGUUUCCGAUGUGAAACCCAGCGUGGAAGUCAACGCUUACACAUGUGAUAAAUGUGGAAACGAGAUCUUCCAGGAGGUAAAGUCACGUCAAUUUGCUCCUUUGAUUGACUGUCCUUCUCAGGAGUGUGUCAGUAAUAACUCCAAGGGCCAGCUUUUCCCGUCAACACGUGCCUCCAAGUUCGUGCCGUUCCAGGACGUCCGUAUCCAGGAACUAGCCGAUCAGGUUCCUGUGGGCCAUAUUCCUCGUUCCCUCACCGUUCACCUAAAAGGCACCCUUGUUAGGGGCUUAACCCCUGGCGACUUUAUCGAUUUGACUGGCGUUUUCUUGCCCCGUCCCUACACCGGUUUCCGGGCUCUAAAGGCAGGCUUGCUCACAGAUACUUACUUGGAGGCCCAACAUAUUUAUGAGCACAAACAAAAGUACGACCAGUUAUUCCUGGGCACCGAAGCUCGGAGCCGUAUUGACCAGAUCCGCGCGGAAGGCGACGUCUACGAACGUCUCUCCCAGUCAAUCGCGCCCGAGAUCUACGGCCACGCUGAUGUUAAAAAGGCUCUGCUGCUACUUAUGAUUGGUGGUGUAACCAAGGAAAUUGGUGACGGCAUGCGUAUUCGUGGUGAUCUCAAUAUGUGUUUGAUGGGUGAUCCCGGUGUGGCCAAGUCACAGCUUCUUAAAUACAUCUCCCAAGUUGCUCCACGUGGUGUGUACACUACUGGUCGCGGUUCUUCUGGUGUUGGUUUGACUGCAGCCGUCAUGCGUGAUCCAGUCACUGACGAGAUGGUGCUCGAGGGCGGUGCGUUGGUUCUGGCUGAUAACGGUAUUUGUUGUAUUGACGAGUUUGACAAAAUGGACGACUCUGAUCGUACAGCUAUUCACGAAGUUAUGGAACAGCAGACUAUUUCCAUUGCAAAGGCUGGUAUUUCUACGACCUUGAACGCUCGUACCUCAAUUCUUGCUGCUGCCAAUCCUGUAUAUGGCCGUUAUAAUCCUCGGUUGAGUCCGGUUGAAAACAUCAACCUUCCUGCUGCUUUGCUAUCGCGUUUCGACUUGUUAUUUUUGAUCCUGGAUACUCCCAGUCGCGACAAUGAUGAGCAUCUUGCCGAACAUGUUACCUUUGUGCAUAUGAACUCCGAAGCACCAGCAGCGGCUACUACCCAUGAACCGGUAGAUCCUGCUACUCUUCGUCAAUACAUUGCCAUGGCACGAGAAUACAGGCCGAACUUCCCCAAGGAGAUUGCCGAUUUUGUUGCAAGCUCAUAUGUUCAGCUUCGCCAACGCCAGCAGCGUGAGCAGUCGGAAGGCAAAGGAUUCGGACAGACCACCCCUCGUGCGUUGCUCGGCAUUAUGCGUAUGGCACAGGCACUUGCUCGUUUGCGCUUCAGCAAUGUUGUAAGCCAACAAGACGUUGAUGAGGCUUUGCGUUUGUCUGAAGUUUCCAAACGGUCAUUGCAGCACCAGAACGUUGCUGAGCUCGACAUCACAGCUGCUUCGAAGGUCUUUGAAAUUAUCCGAGAUCUGGCUCUCCAGACGUCCGCUGACUCUAUUCCUAUGAGAGUGGUCCAGGAGCGGGUUCUUGGUAAGGGGUUCACUCAAUCGGAGUUGGAGUACACCAUUCAACAGUAUACUGAAAUGUCGGUAUGGCUUGUGAGCCGUGAAAACGAACUGAUGUUUAUUCAGUAA